AUGGCUGACAUAUCGGGUCUCAGAGUGGAAUGCUCAAUUAAUUUUGUAAAUCCAAGCGCCAGCAAUAGUUUUGUGGGAGCCAAAGAGCGCUGUGUCAUUUUCCUAAAAGAUGAUGAUGAGGUAAUACGGACGUUAUCGAAGUUGAAGGAAAAAAUCAUCCAAAUCUGUGGGAUACGAAAAGAGGCAAUCACUAGAGGUUUAGGCGAAAAUGUUGAGCUAAAGAUUGCGAGAACGGAGAAGACAAAAGACGGGACUAAAGCAUAUAACAUUAAUACAGAUGAAAUGCUAAAGCAAGAGGUACAAUUAAUGAGGAUGGCUGGUGCAGGAUCUGUGCAAGGUAGUUCAAGAUAGACAAGAUAGAUAUUUUAAACAAUAUAAAUUAAUAAAUACAGUUAUACAGUCAUAUUUCGGUCCUAUUGUGUUUUCAAUUGAUGCGUGGAUCAAUUCGUACUGUUACCACCGCCCCCCAGGCAACACCCUGAGGAUUUGUCAUUUUUUCAUUCGUUGCUAGGAAAUUCCCCACCCCACACCAACAAACUCUGGCAACUUCCUAAACAAGAAUUAUUUUAAAUUCUUCAAAAUUUUCAUCACCAUUUUGAAAUUUUGAUAUUUAGUUUCCAGGCUCCUACUUGCAUCUUCUCUCUAUAUAUUCCACCCUAUACCCCUGGAGAUAAAUCUGUUUAACAAUUCCCCACCCCCGGGAUGUAUUCUUUUGCAUUGUCUGUGGGGUUCUCCGGGGGGGAUGGUAAUAGUAUGAAUUGACCCAUGCAUUAUGUCAUACAUUAAAGCAAAUGCCUUAAAUUAAGCGAAUUUGUUUUUUUUUAUUUUUUAAACUUUCAGUUCAAGUCAUCAAGAGAAUUGUAGUAUUUGCUCCAAAAUGUCCUGUUAUUGAAAUAAUUGCUGAUGGCCCUGAUUCAUCACUGCAUCCACUGACAACAAAUUUACCCGUGAAAAGGAAACGUGCCAUUGGCGGGGGACGAAAGAAAAAGGCCCGAUGUGUGGAAGAAAGGAGCAUUAUAUCAACACUGAAACAAGGGGGAAGUGUUGUAAGGAGUGAAGAACAACAGGCAUUACUUGACACCAUGCAAGAAGGUGUGUACUGUGUGUUCGGUUCUAUUUAAUGUAUUUAAAGUCUUGAAGCCUGAAGGGCAUGAAAUAACUACUGAUAUGAUCUACAGUAAAUGUACUUCAAAUGUAUGUACAUAUAUUGUACAUCUUGACAAAAAUUGACAACAUAAGAACAUAAAGAAGUUCAUGUGCACUUUGUAAUCAAUAAUAUGGCUUUCUUAUCUUACUUCAGAGUUAUCCGUAUCUGGUGUGGUUGAGAAUGAGUUCACCAUCAACUGCGGAACCUGUAGACAGUCAAUAAUCAUUCCUACAGACAGAAGUGCUUCAAAGAGGGUUGAAUAUUUCAAAAAUCGUAAAAAAAUUGUUGUUUAUUAUUGUAUGAGUUUAAUGGGUAAUUUUUGUGUUAAAGGAUUAGUGUCACACCAGGAAUUCGCGGGCUCAAACUCCUGUUGGCGGUAAUUUUUCGGGGUGAAUAUUUAAACCAUCCUUUUAUAAUGCUUGCUCUUUUUGUCUGAUUCUUAUCAGAAAUGUACAAAACAAGGUAUUUUUAUCGCUAUUUGUUGUAUUCGAGUAAAAUGUAAACAAUAACAAAAGCCCACAAUGCAUGACCCAGACACUAAUCCUUUAAGACCUUUCAGUCUGUAAACAGAAUAGUAGUUGGUUUUAUGAGUCAAGUACAAAAUAAUUUAUUUUCCUAUACAGGACAUAUUAAGAAAUGCAAGAACUCUGGACGAACAAAAGCACAAGAUGAAGAAAGGAUGAAAUCAUGUCUGAAAGACUGGCUAAGUGUUCCAAGUGGGAAAUCUGAAAAGAGCACCGCAUCACUAUCUGAGUCAUCUGAUGUAUCAGACAAUAUGUAUGAUAGUGAUGGUAUCAUAGAAAGCGAUGAUCUAGU